CGCUACUCACCACCACUCACCGGCCACCACCACCACUCACCACCACCACUUAUCGGCCACCACCACCACCAUUCACCGGCCACCACCACCUCUCACCACCACCUCGCACCAUCACCACCACCUCUCACCACCACCACCACCACCACUCACCGGCCACCACCAUUACGCACCACCACCGACCACCACCACUACUCACCACCACCACCACCACCACUACCACUCACCACCAUCACCACCACCGGCCACCACCACUACUCACCACCAUCACUCACCGGCCACCACCACUCACCACCACCACUCACCAGCCACCACCACUCACCACCGCUACUCACCACCACUCACCGGCCACCACCACCACUCACGACUACCACUCACCGGCCACCACCACCACCGGCCACCACCACUACUCACCACCACCACCACCACUCACCACCACCACCACCACCACCACCAUCGCGAUUUUUACAACACUGGGAAGGGGCGGAUGAGCCCGCGGAAGAGCUAGCACGACCACCCGAUAGAAGAAGCGGUGUAAGAUCGAGGAGGCCGGAGUCAUCGUCGGUGGGAUCUGACUUGACUAAUGCGUUUUCAGAGAUGAACCAACGUCUUCAAGACAUACGCGACCUAGAGGCUCAACGUAUGCAUGAGAACCGGGAAGUGGUCGAGAUUAUGCGAGAUAGACAAUGGGAAAAAGACUUUGAAUUCUACUUGAAACCGCACCACCUAACCGGAAAAGCGUUGCAAUUGGAGAUAAAACAAAAGGAGCGAAUCGAAAAAAAUAUAACCUUUGAGGUUUAG